GCAUUUAAUCAUACAGUGGCCCUACGGUAAGGCAGUUUGUCAACCUGGUGACUGUAUUUAAUUGAAUGGCAUGGCGUGAACUUGGUUUAGCUGUGUUUUCGGCGUUAUGAGAAGUCAUUUAUGUAACGUGGCAGUCUAGCGGAACUUCUAGCUGCUGGAACGAUUGCGAUAUUUUUGACUGAGCAUUAAAACGUCAAAUUAUCGAGAUAUCUAAUUAUUUUCUUAUUGAACAUCAUUAAGAAACAUGAAAGACCAAGUACAUAAAUAAUUAAGCGAAUCUGAUCACGGAUAAUGGUUUGGGGGACUUAUCUUUGCAUUAUCUUUACGUACACAAGAGAAGACACUAAUUGCAUCGUUUGAUUGAAGUUAUAAAGCAAGCAAAUUGUUGACGCUGCAUUGAUGACUGCUAGCUCCCUCUUUCUCCCGCAACAGACUGUAGGUAGGUUACAGAGAAAGCAGAAGAAAAAGCUUUGAGUGGCAUGGAUAACAUCCAAUCAACAGAGCAGACUUGAGCGCUACUCUGAGUCCAGGCAGCGGCAAGAAGCACUUCCUGAAACAAGAGCAAAGUCAUAGUAAGAUCUUGCUACAUCUAUUUUUAUCUUACCCUGUAGUGACAUUGAGCAGUAUAAAGAAGUUGAAGCAUCUCGGUUUGACAGUUCUGCUGUGGGACAACACGUGAAAUAGUCUAUUGUUAGCUAGUUCUAUUCUUACGCAAGGUAAGUCAUAUCACUACAAGCUGAAGGCUGGCAAGACGAGGAGUGCAAGACGAGGAGUGCUGUCGCCGAUGGCUGCAAACACCGUCGAUCACGUACAGCCGUGUCUCUCUCUCGCUCUCUAUCUUUGCCUCACAUGAGAAUAACGCACGCCGGUUGCAACCUACCUCUCGCAGUUUAAAUGACCUCUCGGACCGCCAGCUUUGACCCGGGCAGCGCGGGCGCCGACACGCCCCUGCGCCGUACUGCUGCCAGUUUACCAAAAGCCAUGGAGAACUACUCAAGCGACAGCAAGAGGCCAGAGCCCAGGACAAACGAGAAAAAAUGCUCAUGGGCAUCAUAUAUGACAAAUUCCUCCACUAUGAUUGUGAUGAUUGGCCUCCCUGCAAGAGGGAAGACCUACAUUUCCAAGAAGCUCACUCGCUACCUCAACUGGAUAGGAGUACCCACAAAAGUGUUCAAUCUUGGCGAGUACCGGCGGGAGGCUGUGCAGUCGUACAAGUCCUAUGACUUUUUCCGCCAUGACAAUGAAGAGGCCAUGAAAAUCAGAAAGCAGUGCGCGCUGGUGGCGCUGCAGGACGUGAGGACGUACCUAAAUGACGAGGGCGGCCAGAUCGCUGUCUUUGAUGCCACAAACACAACUCGAGAGAGAAGGGACCUCAUCCUCAGCUUUGCUCAGGACAAUGCCUACAAGGUAUUUUUCGUCGAGUCGAUUUGCGAUGACCCGGAUGUCAUCGCAGAAAACAUUAUGGAUGUGAAGGUGUCCAGCCCUGACUACCCCGAGAGAGACCGCGAGAGCGUUAUGGAAGACUUCUUGAAGAGGAUCGAGUGUUACAAAGUCAUGUAUCAGCCUUUAGACCCCGAUAAGCAUGACAAAGCGCGCUCCUUUAUCCAGGUUAUUAAUGUGGGCCAGCGGUUCCUGGUUAACCACGUGCAGGACUACAUCCAGAGCAAGAUAGUUUACUACCUCAUGAACAUCCACGUACACACCCACUCCAUCUACCUGUGUCGCCAUGGCGAGAGCGAGUACAACGUGGAGGGGCUAAUCGGUGGCGACUCGGGUCUGUCUGCGCGUGGCAAAGAGUUUGCCCGAGCUCUGCGCACUUUCGUGGAGGACCAGCGAUUGGCAGGCCUGAAGGUGUGGACUAGCCAGCUGAAGCGCAGCAUUCAGACGGCUGAGGCGCUGGGCGUGCCCUACGAGCAGUGGAAAAUCCUAAACGAGAUCGAUGCGGGAGUCUGUGAGGAAAUGUCUUAUGAAAAGAUCAAAAGGGAUUAUCCUGAUGAAUACACUUCGAGAGAUCAGGACAAGUACCAUUAUCGCUACCCAGGGGGUGAGUCCUACCAGGACCUGGUGCAGCGGUUGGAGCCGGUCAUCAUGGAGCUGGAGAGGCAGGGUAACGUGUUGGUCAUCUGCCACCAGGCGGUCAUGAGAUGCCUCCUAGCAUACUUUCUGGACAAGAGUGCUGAUGACUUGCCUUAUCUGAAGUGUCCUCUCCACGUGGUGCUCAAGCUCACCCCUGUGGCUUAUGGUUGUAAAGUGGACAUGUUUGACCUGAAAGUAGAGGCCGUGAACACGCACCGGAAUAGACCGCUGAGUAAACCCAGGCAGGAAGUUCCGCCUGCUCUGCUGCGGAGGAACAGCUUCACACCGUUAUCCAGUCAGGACCAGGUGAAGCGGCCCCGUCUGUUUAGCAUGGGCAACCCGCCCCGGAUACCGCUCCCACCCUCGCUGGCGUCCACAGAGGUUCCUGAAGCCCAGGAGCAGGAGGAACUCAGUGAUGACCAAGAGGAGCGCAACUGGUUCAGUUCUGGAGACCCAGAUGACAGCUUCACUAAAUGAGGAGAGAAGCACUUAAACCUCCACCUGUAUGACCAGUGUUGAGACACAGUGUUGAGACACAGUGCAGUUCCACACCUUAAUCCUAUUUGUAUUCUAGCCCCGAAACAAGCCAAAACUGCACUUGAUUCAGCGAGUGUUCUGCUGGUCAAAGCAGCUUCUGUAUCACCUGUAACUAUAGCUGGGCUCAUCCGAGCUGUGGCUAGAUGACCCCAGUAGCCCCCUGUAGUAAACAGAAAUGUUAGUGUCUGUUAUACAGUAAUGAAACAGGUGAAGGUUAGAUUGGCAGACUGCAAUUUAAGAGUUGUACACUUAACUAGGCAUUGGAGAGAUGCUUUAUUCAUGCCCUUGUAUGGCUUGAGCGUAUUUUGAUGUGCAACCAGUUUUAGGUCUUCAAACCAUCUCUUUUCCAUGGGCAGAUGUCAUGAUUCACUUCUCACUCAUCGUCCUCUGUAAUCCCCUAUAAACUUUAUUUCAUUUGACCACUGUGACAUGGUUUAUGUAAAGGUGCUGCUAAAUCCAGUCAUUUGUUCAUUGAUGCCAGAGCCUGUGAAAAUGAGAUAGUAUUUGAUCACAGUUCUCUCUCUCUUUUUUUUUUUUUAAUAUUCUGGAUUUUUCUUCUUUUUUUUCCCAUCCCAAUUUUUCUCCCUAAAUGAUUCAUAUCCUAUUCCCACCCAUCAGGUAUGUUUCCCCUGUUACACAACAGCUGCCGACCAGGGAAUGCCAUGCACAUGCAGCCAAUCAACACGUCUUUUCGAUCUGCAGCUCAUUCAGUGUCAGGGGGUGGAGUAACACACUUUGAGGAUAUCCACCCCUUCACAUCCACGAGUGGCCAGUGUCAUUGUAAGUGAUGGUGGAGAGCAAGUAUGCAAGUAUGACACCACCCCCAUCACUCAGGAGCCUUUGAGGGUCUGUCUUGCAAAAAGCUUUCUGUCCUUAUUGUGAUCUUCUUGUUCUUCUGUCUGUUCUUGGGCACUGCUCUCAUAAUCCCAUGCACAAGCUGUAUAACUCAACUAAUCUUAAAGGGUGGAAGCCUCUGCUGCUGUGGCCUGGUAAACCCCACCCCUUGCUCUGAAACCCUGCCCUUUCCACCAAAUGUGAAUGCCCUCUGGUAUGUUAAUGCAUGCCAACCAUUCAUUCCAGGGGAGAUAUAGUCAUAGUUUUCUAUGGGUACAGUCACCUGUCAUAACUGAUAUGGUUUUCAGGCAACUAUUCUGUGACUGUCUUAGAAAAUUCUGUGGUCCCCCAUCUAAGUCAUUGUUUCCAUGGCAGUUUUUCGAGUCAAAUGUAGGCUUAAUAGUUAAACCAACCAAAGGGUGCUUAGAUUAGUUACACAAUUUGAAAUGGCAACUGAUUAGGCUGACUACGGUGGAGCAAUAGGACUUGGAAUGGAAGCAUUUGUUGUGUUGUAGUGUCUUACUAUUCUGGGAAUCCUCUGCAAACCUCUGAUUAUCUCAUGAAGGAUGACUGGUCUCACAGAGUUGCAAAAGACUUCUCAAUGUUUCAGUGUGAAAGCAAAACAGAUUAACAAAUAGAGCUUCACCAGAAGAGUAACUAUUCAAACAAUGAAAAGUUCUGAUUAUAAAGACUAUAAUGCAUGCUUAGACUUAACCAAAAGAAUAUACAUCCUUUUCAUUUUUAAGCAGCUUUUUUGUUGUUAUAAUUGAAUUGUUAAAAUGUUUUUAACUUUCAAAUGUUAUUCUUGUUUACUUGUUUACCCACAUUAUCACUGUUUAUAGAUAUGAAGGGGAAGGAGAGCAGUGAAUGGUUAUUGCAGCAUUCUAUACUCUAGCCCUCUAGCACUAUACACUCUAGGGUUUUCUCUGCUCCAAAGUACCAGAGGAGCUCAUCUGUUAACCAAAUCAGAGAAGCAAAAACUUUGGACAGUUGUGCUGCUGGCAUUGCAGGAUUUAUGGACUAUUGGCUCUGCAAAUGUGAUGAAAUUAUCUGAUUGUAAUAUAAAAAUGUACAUUGUGAAGUUUGUAUCCAGUUCCUUUUUCCUCUCUCACAAAAAAAAGAAAAGAAAAGAAAACCAGUAUCCAGCGAACUAUGUUCGUGUCUCUGUUAAGCAGGUGCCUGGACAAGAAGACUUUAAUAAUGCACUUAUUCAGAGAAAAUGUAGAAAUGUAUGCUGUAACAGUAGAGAGGAAUGAGGUAAAAUGCUUUCAGUGGGAGCAAAUCACUGUGCCUUUGUGUGGAAACAUGUAUUUUCCAGACCUUUCAUGUAAAUGUACUGGUGUAGCUGCGUGGUGUAGGCUGGAACAAACCUCAUUUGUAAUCUAAUGGUUUGAUAUAGUCAUGUCAUUUUUUGAUGUCACGUUGUUUGUAUGUUUGUUUUUGUUGUUGUUUUUAACUUUAUGCCGCUUGUUGGUGCACUCCUUUUGGCAGUCGUUAGUGGCAUGUGGUGAGGCAUUCUGAUUGCUGUCAUAUUUAUUAUGCAUUGUGUUAUUUUCUGUUGAAUGUUAUUUUUAAGGACACAGGAGGAAUAUCUCUUCAUAUAUAUUUGGGAGAAAAGAAAAAGUAUUGUAUAUUUUGCCCCCUAAUCCUUAAAAAUCACUAUUAAGUAAACCUGUUUAUUCUCUUGUGUUAUUUAAACAUGAUUAUAAAUGAUUAAAUGCUUAUAUUAUA